AAUAGCAGGAACAACAGUAGGGAUGAAGCAAACACACAAUAUUAUUCCCCACUCAACAAACAAAAUUGGGUCAUCAGCAUUUCAGCCAAGAAACCAUCAAUGUAAUUAUGCUGAUAUCAUAGACAUUACCAAUAACUUUGAGAAAAUCAUUGGUAAAGGAGGCUUUGGAACUGUUUUCCAUGGCUACUUAAAUGACACCCAAGUGGCAGUCAAAAUACUUUCUGAGUCUUCAGCUCAAGGCUACAAAGAGUUUCAAGCUGAGGUCAAUCUCUUAAUGAGAGUUCACCACAAAAACUUGACUAGUCUUGUUGGAUACUGCAUUGAUGAUAAACACAUGGGGCUUAUCUAUGAGUACAUGGCUAAUGGAAACUUAGGAAGGCAUCUCUCAGAUAAACAAUCAUAUACUUUGAGUUGGGAGGAAAGACUGCAAAUAGCUGUGGAUGCAGCACAUGGUUUGGAGUAUCUACACUAUGGUUGUAAGCCAGCAAUAGUCCAUAGAGAUGUGAAGACCACAAAUAUCUUGUUGAAUGAAAAAUUCCAAGCCAAACUUGCUGAUUUUGGUCUCUCCAGAGCUUUUUGUACUGAAGGUGGUAAUCAAGUGUCAACUGUUGUGGCUGGCACUCCUGGAUAUCUUGAUCCAGAGUAUUACAAAUCAAAUUGGUUAAAUGAGAAGAGUGAUGUUUACGCUUUUGGAGUUGUUUUAUUCGAGAUAAUCACUGGUCGACCAGUGAUUGCAAAAAUUAACAGUAAUGAGAAUAUUCACAUAUCUCAAUGGGUUGAGAACAUGCUUUAUGAAAAUGGAGAGAUUCAAAGCGUUGUUGAUCCCAGGCUGAGAGGAAACUUCCAACUCAACUCUACAUGGAAAGCUAUUGAAUUGGCCACAAAUUGUGUGCAUUUAAACUCUAUUGAAAGGCCAACAAUGAAUCAAGUUGUGGUGGAAUUGAAAGAGUGUUUAGCAUUAGCACUAGAGAUUACUCCCGAAAAGGAUAACCUUUUCACGAAAGAUGCUCUUAUUAGAAAGAUGACUCUUAAUAUAGACACACAUGUAAACCCUUUACCAAGGUAA